AUGAACCCAUUUGUCCUCAUUAUAGGCGGACUUCUCUUAAUCAUCGAAGCUCUUGUUAAGAGUUUUGCACACAAAGCUCUUGCAAAGCCUAUAAUAAUGAGAGAGCCCGUUUUGUUUUUGUUUGCACAUGCAGAUGAUGACGCGAUGUUUUAUGUACCAACAAUAGAGAGUCUUAAAAGAAAGUCAAUUCCAUUCUCAAUGGUAUUAUUCUCUUCAAACGAAACUAGAAAGCAAGAAUUCCAAAACGCUUGCAAAGGCUACGGGUGUGAAAAUUCGUAUAUCGCAGACCCACAGACUUUUAAGGAUGGCUUCCAAGAGAAUUGGGACAUCAUGAAGAUAGCACAAGAAGUUCAAGAGAUAGUCGAGAGAGAUGGAAUUCAAACGAUUAUAACGUUUGAUAAAAAUGGAAUUAGUGGACAUCCAAAUCAUAUCAACUUGUUUAAGGCUCUGCCAAUGAUUCAUACAUUAGUCCCUCAUGUUUCAUUGUAUACCCUCACUUCAAAGAACAUUAUAAGAAAGUACAGUCACACCAUAGACUGUUUGUGUUCUGUUUUUCUGGAUUCUAUUAAACAAGACAACAUCACUACUCUCUUGGAGUCUUCUCAUGAAGCGUAUGAGUAUAUGAAAUAUUACCCGUCACAGCUUAACUGGUACAGAUACCUUUACCUCUUCACGUCGACAUACACGAUGAUCAAUAAAUUAGAACUCUUCAAUUCUAAUUGA